UAAGCUCACGAUUGGCCAGUUGAAGCAGUUGGAGACAGACCGCCGAGUUGAGAGGGUGUAUCGACGCUCAUCUGUUUGUGAAAAACUUAAGGCAUAAUUAUUUAACGAUGCCUGUUUUGAGUGGAUGCUGUUUCAUUUUCGACCUUAAGGUCGGAACCAAGAUCAUCGGGAUCCUCAGUUUGAUUGGGGCCCUGUUAAACAGCCUUACGUUUGCAGGGGUAGCAGUGAUGCUGGUAUUUAUUGGUACGGCAACAGAUUCUGCCAGCCAGCUACAUCAUUUCGCUAAUACUGAACUCCAUGGGAGUCACUUAAAUGAAGAUGAUGAAUACACUGACUCAUGGGAGGAGCAGGUAGAGGGAAUUUUGGAGCUAAUCAAGGCUCACAUUCAGAUGGUGCAAAUUUUGGUGUACUUGAUGCUGGCCAUAGCACUAGUUCAAAUCGUCACCUCGUCCAUGCUGAUUCAUGGUGUCAAGCAUAGUCGUCGAGGGUUACUUCUACCUUACCUUGUAAUAACUACAAUCGGCAUCCUGCUUUGUAUUAUUAUGGGGAUUGUGAUGUUUGCUGUUCUUGGAAAUGCAUCUAUGAUCGUCAGCUCAGCUGCCAGCAUGCUUGUGGGUGCUGGGUUGCAGGUAUACUUCAUGCUAGUAGUAUUCUCCCAGUACCAGGCUCUUGGACUUAUUCGCAUGCAUGAAGAUAUGAGCAUGAAAUAAUGUAACAAGAAUAAAUAACACCAGACAAACAUAUCUGUUUGUAGCGGACUUUGCUGCUUGUUGCAAAGGAUUCUUUCAUACUCUAUUGAUUAUCUCAUAAGGUAAUUACAGUACUGUACAGGUAUAUCUUAAAUCGAAACUGUGACUGAAAAAGAAUUGAAUACCAUCUUUCUCAUUAAUUAUUAUCAAUGGAUUCUACAUCUCAUAUCCUUUACACUUGAUAUAGUACAAUAGCUACUGUAUAUGUGAAGUAUUAAAUUAAUGUUUUUGUUCAUUAAUCUCCAAUUCCAUUUGAUGAAAAAACAGAAUUUUAGUAUCCAUGUGAUUGAAGUACAGUAUAACAGAACUGAAUUAGUGUAUAAAAUGUCAUUACUGUAUUUGGUACAAAGUAAGCUGAGGUUUCCACCAAGGCUUCUUUGCAUUUAUGUUGGAAAUGUGAUCUGAACAUUAAAAUGAGUAUAGUAUACAGUAUUUUGACUACCUUAUUAUUUUAGGUAUUCUCAGUAUACACAUGCUAGACAAAAUUUAAACAUACUGUAUUAGGAUAUUUCCAUGUUUACCCACAUUUAUAUCCCAGUAUAUUGUACUUUGUUUUAAUGUGCUCCGCAGUGUGACACUACACCUCUUGUGUGUUGUAGUGUUUGGAAAGAUUCUGUAUUUAAGAUUGAGAAGAAAUGUAUUGGUUGAUAUACUGACCACCCCUUGGUGGCUUAUAUGAAGUAGUUUGACUUAGUAUUACUAUUUUACUUAGGAAAGAAAGCAUAUGUUUUAAAAUAGCUGGAUUAUUAUUUAGUUUAGUUUAUGUAAAGAAAAUAUUUUAUUACUGCACAGAUUUUGUAAAUGUCAUUCUAAAUGUUAUCCUCUCCAGGGAUAUAGAAAGUAGACACACCAAGAGAUUACAAUACAUGUUUGGUGUUGAUU